AUGGAAUCCACUGAGACGUGCAGAGUCCUUUCUAUUCAAAGCCAUGUUGUAUCAGGUUAUGUAGGGAAUGAUUCAGCGACAUUUCCUCUUCAGGUAAGCUAGUUUUUACACUUCCCGUACCAGUGGAACGUGACACCAACACCGGUUUUUCCCGCUGGCUGCAGUGGUACCACUGUACACUAAUUAGACCAUGUUCAGCUUCAUGACAGAGCUACCUUUUGAAAAGUGUUUUCAUACUAGAAGUCAAGGAUUCCUUCGACAUACUUUCGUUCGGAUAUUGUUACUUAUAACAACAUCAGUGAUCAAUGCAGUUGUCAUAUUGUGUGGGGAUGUGUGCUACUCUGAAGUGUUUAGAAUGCGAGCUGUUUUGUUUAGGACAGCAGGGCAGGGAAUAAGAAUCCAUUGGUCAGUGUUUUAGGGGGUGAUUGAUCAGUGGCUGAAGAAUUUAGUGUUGGAAAUUUGUAAUUACUGGUUUUGUUAUUCAAAUUUGUCACGCAUGAAGCAAAGGAAUAUUUUUUUUUCCAGAAUCAAUGUGCUUCUGGUUGGCACAUUAAUAUCAAUAGGUGACUUCAGCGUGAGUAUUGCUAGCGAUACUCAUACACCUGCACGCUGACCUCACCACUCGUUACGAAGCUGAAUAACAAAAACAACGUUUGUAAACAGUGUUAUCUCACAUAGGUGUUCUUAGAAAUAGCCUCUCACGCAGAUGUUUUAAUAAGGGUGUCGUCAUGCAUAAUACCCCAGAAAUGUCUUGUGAAACAAGAAAGUAAAAAAUUUAGACCAAUCACAGCACACUUUCAGAUCUCAGAAGUGUAUUUUACACUGUCCAACCUUUUGAGUAUGAAAACUCUGGAGAUUGCUAAACCAUAGAGAAAUAACUCGAGUGCCAACAAUAAUUGGGAUUUGUCAUAUCCCGAUUGUACAUUAGUAAGAUUUCUGGAUUUUCAAGCAACUUUGGGGCAAUCUUGAUGAAAUUGGGACAAAAACGGGAUAAGAACGGAAAGUCUCUGGAAGAUCUCCUUGUUUAUAUCAAAACUCUAAGGUCACAAAUACGCUUCACUUGUGAGUCUUGUUUGGCCUGUCAACACUUUAUUUUCUGCUGAUAAUGAUUCAGGUGGUUGUCCUUCGUGUCCAAAGAAGACUGCGUGUUGUAUGAUCAUCUAUGGAUUCUCUGGUGGCUCUGCAAACUCAGUCUGGGAGGGCAAAGUCUAGAACAGGUGGGGCACUAGAACUCCAUUACUGUGAUAUCAGCAGAGGAUGCUCUGUAGUGUCGUUCAUAGGCUACGAUAAGUCUUUGACAGUGGUCAUCCUUGAAAGUGUUGGAGGCUGUGUGGGUCAGUGAGCGCCCGUGACUUCUGUCACUGGCUACAGCCUCAAGUUCUUUCGGCUGGUUGCCAACACCACUGAAGGUUUUCCCUCACAGUGUCCUUGUGCUGCUUGCGUGGGCAGCCUUGCUUUUUCUUGCCGGCCCCAAGCUCUCCAUACAACAGUUGACAGGGCAGGCGAUGAUUGUCCAUCCUGAUGACAUUUCCCACCCAUCGCAGCUGGGCCUUGAUGAGUAUAGUCUCAAUGCUGGUGCACCCUGCAUGGUCCAGGACCUCGAGGUUGUGAUAUAGUCUUGCUAGCGGAUGCCAAGUAUGGAACGGAGAGCACACAUGCAAAAGUUCUCCACCUAUUUGAUAUGCCUGCGGCAUGUGUGUGAUGAAGAGAUUAAACAGGACUGGGUGUAGGAUGCAGCCCUGUUUUAUUCCAUUUGUUAUGGCAAAGGCAGCUGACUGGUCGCUGCUGCUAAGACUUAAUUGUCCUCUCAUUCUAUCAUGAAGCAGCUGGAUCAGCCUCACAAACUUCUUUGGGCAGCCAUAUCUCUCCAGGACCAUUCAGAGGGCAUCCCUGUUGACUGUAUCAACGGCCCUUGUCAGAUUUAUAAAGACAGAGAAGAGGGCCUUGUUCUGUUCAAUGCACUUCUUUUGCACCUGUCUGAUGACAAAAUUGUGUCCACGGUGCUGCACCCUGGUCUGAAGCCACACUGCACCUCUGGGAAACCUCUUUCAGUUUCCAUGAUCAGUCAGUUCAGGAGAAUGCGAGUAACGAUAGUUCCCGCUACAGAAAGAAGUGAGAUGCCUCUGUAGUUUCCACAGUUGGACUUGCUCCCCUUGUUGUUGUAGAGAGCAGCAAUGAGAGCAUUGCAAAAAAAAGUCUUCAGGCAUGGCCUCUUUGCUCUAUAUGCUCUGCAGAACAUCAUGGAAAGCCUCCAGUGCAUUGGGGCUCGCAGCCUCGAAGAUCUCAGCUGGGAUACUGUCGUUUAUGAUUAUUGGCCUUUAUAUUAAACCAUGACUUAGUGCUGAUUUGUUCUCUGUUCAUUUGCUAGUGAUCUCCAGCUGAUAAUUGCAAACAAAGGGAAAAGGAAUUUAACUGCUUGUUUCAUCAGAUGUUCUUGGGGCAGAAACUGCUGAUGAAGCCCCAACAAUGUCUGUGUCAGAGGCUAUCUGGGAUAGAGCCACAUUUCUGGUUUGUAGAUCACGGAUGCAGUUACUGGAUUAAUAGAGGAAUAGAGCUGAUCAAAGAUCUUCCAUUAGGUAUCACAGUCCCUGUGAGACACCAACAAGUGGGAGGGGGGCAGGGGGAGUUGGAGAUGAAAAAUGCCUUUCAAGCUUAAUACUCCUACUGAAAUCCAGUGUAUUUAACUGUUAGCACCCCGGAAAAAAAAAAACAGUCUAGUUAUGCAUUUGAAAUUUUGAAUAGCUGGCUUGACCAUCCAUUUGGUGAUCAGUGACUUUCUUUAAUUUUUGAAAGGCAAUAGCUGAAUGUGAGAGUGAGCACUGUAAGUGAUGGGAUGAUGAGCAGAGCAGGAAGAAACCUAAGCUGUUCUUAUUUUUAUAACCGCACUCAUGACUCCACUUAACGAAUCCAAUAAUUUUUGAUUGUUACUCUUUCGAAAGCAUGCAGACUCCAAUUCUGAUCUUGUUAUGAGUGAAAAUCAGACUAAGAGUGGAUUUCCGCUACCGCGUAAUUUUUACGCCUAAAUUUUAUAAGUGUAAAUAGAGUAAAGGCAGUGUAUGAAGUGUCAUGCAAAAGUAUAAGUAAAAGUUGAGCGAGGUUCAACUUUUGCCUUUUCUACAUUGCCUCUAAUUUAUUUAUGCACAUCAAUUUUACGCAUGUAUGGACAUUAAAACUACUUGACAGUGGAAAUCUACCCUAAAAGGACUAUAGGUACUUGAGGUAAUCCUAACAUGAUGUUACUCCAUCCUUUUUUUAUUUUAGGUUCUUGGAUUUGAGGUUGACACAAUCAAUUCAGUACAACUUUCCAAUCACACUGGUUUGUUUCAUGUCUAUCAUUAAUAUUGCUUUUGUUGUUUAACGACAGAUAGUAAAAUAGUUUUUCACAUGUUGUUCUUUUUAAUACAUAUUUUAAUGAUCCUUCCUACUUAACAAUGUCAUUGUUUUUUUAAACCAGGGCACCUGAUAAUGUGAGAUGGUACAAUUUGGUACAAUUAAUCCAAAUCAUAUCUGAUUGUGUAAUCCAUAAGAAAUCCUGUAAUAAACUGCUGCAUAAUCUGCACCAGAUAACAAAUUUAACUACUAAUUUGAAAAAAUGCACUUUUAUUUGAGUGUCAAUGUGAUUUUAAUUAGGUCAAAAGUACUAAUUGGAGACACUAUUUUUAUGGCUACAACUGGAGACAGGACUGCCAUUUUACGUGGUCAUGCUAGCCAUGCGAAGGUCUAGCAAAGGGAGUACCUUCAUUUCUCAGUUAUUUUAAGACCCUGAUAAUUAUUAGUCCAGUCCAGCGAAUCAAACCUACACCCCCCCCCCCCCCCCCCCCCCCCGCGCUCAACACCCACCCCCCCGCCCUCCCCCCUCCCCACUGUGCGGUCAAACACUCAACCUACUGGCCUUAUCCUGCUGCGGUAAGGCUAUUAAAAAGUUUCAAAAUACUGUGUUGAGCUUCCAAAAUGUUCCUCAAGUUUUGAUGUUAAUCUAGUGAACAAACUAUAAAAUAUUCACAUUAUCGCGUAAUUUAUUUCCCUAUGAUAAACCUUAGAUGUGUGCUUCAUUUGUGUGCCAUCUCCUCAAGAGAUGUCUUAGUUUCCUCAAAUUUUUUUUCACACCAUUACACAGUCUGAUAAACACUUACUUCUAAAGGUGCAUGUUUCUGUUUAGUAGGCUAUGAGCAUAUGAAAGGUCAAGUGUUGGAUUCAAAGGAACUUAAAGAACUGUUUGAAGGACUGAAACUCAACAAUUUGCAUCACUUUUCUCAUCUGCUUACAGGUACACAUUUUAACUAUGUUGUAUGCAGUGUAAAAGAGGUUGUUCAUAAACCCAUUUGCUCCAGGGAAUUUUGUCAAAAAUCACCUUUUGAGGGUAGUCAAGCUGUUUUCUGGUCGUUGUCUGGCUAUAAUGAGUCAAAAUAAUGCCAUUUAUAAGUUGGGCACUUCGAGGCCUGUUUGUCCCAGGUGCAAUGAAAUAUCAGCUUUCGAAGCUUGGGCAUUUGCAGAUCAAAGCAAUUUUUUUUAGUGUUGGGUUUGAUACAGUCUUAACCUCCCCUCUAAUUUCCCUUUCAUUGCCCCAUUUUGUUUCUUGUGAACACCUUGUUUCUGAAUAGUUCUGUUUCUUUUGUCCUUUAAAUAAUUGUGACCAGAAAAAGUUGACAUGCAGACAGCUUUUUCUAGGAAAAUCGUAGGGUAUGCAAUAGAAAAAUGAAAAUUAACAAUUGCAAAAAAGAAUUAAAGAAGUCUGUUACAAGUUUAGCUCAAAUGUGGGUAGUUGUGGCAGCAUUCUGACUCUCUUUUUUGAACGUGAAAGCCAGAUGAAAGUCUAGAAAAACAUGUGAACUGUUGCUGCUGUUGUCCAAUCAGAAGCCAGUAUUUCACCUCAUUAGACUUAGCAAGAAAAAUGCAACUCUGAUACAGGAUAGUUUUGCAAAUAGCCUCAGUAGGCAAUAAAUGAUUGGUAUGCCAGUACCCUACCCUGCAGUUGCUAAGAUAAUUUUCAUUGUUAAAAUAGGGUCACUCUUUUUGGAUCCAGAGUAAUUUGAACCACUGAUUGAUUUAAUAUAAUAUAAUCUCGUACCCAGAUCUCACUCUGUUUUACAAUUUUUUCCCUUGGCCGUGGGAGAUCUGGGUACGAGAUUAAAUAUAAUAUGGAAGCUUUCCUGCGGGAUUUUGAUUGAUUACCUUUAUUGAACUUGCAUUAUUAAGGGUUAAUAUUUAAUUGAACAAGCACUUUAAGAAAUUUAAGAAACAUACAGUGAGACAGAAGCUAAGCUAAUGCUAACCACAAAUCUUUGCACACUCUUGACGUCAUAACUCUCUCGCAUGGCUCCUUGGGUCGACUUUGAUGUACAUUUUAUUGCAUCAGUCUCUAAGGUCCAAAAAAUGCAUUUUUUGCACCAAAGGGUAAAAUAUAGGCCUACGACCAUUUUACAGUCUCUAGUCAGCUGACUGAAUUCGUUUCGCUCUGCAGUAAACGCAGAAUACCCUGCCACAUUGACUACGCGACUGAAAAAAAAAUGGCUACGCUGUAUGCGAAAUUAAUUCAAACAUGGCAUGCUUGUUUUACUUAAGGCCUUUUUCAAAGAACGGAGAACUCACUUGCGUAACACGCGCGUUCACUUCGGGAAUUUAUCUGUCACUCAGGCAAUGUAAUUUUUUGACAUUACACGUAUUUCCUACUGCCUGCCCCCUUCCCUGCGUAUUUGUUACUGCCUACCCCCCUUCCUUGGGUUAUGUUUAGAAAAUUCAAUAUACGUUUUUCUAAUCAGCUUUGCAGUAGUCUUUGGACUUCUCAUUUUUGGUUCUAAAUAUUUUGGCUGAUUAGAUUCCAACGCCUGUCCCUGUAUCAGGGACCUAGCCUACCUAGCAGGCGCUUAGAAGUAGUGGGCGCAUGAAAGAACGGGCGCGCGAGAGAGGGAACUCCCCCUCCCUCCCUCCGUCUCCUCUUGCGUGUCUCCCUCUCGCGCGCCCGUUUUCUCUUGCGCCCACACUUCCAAGCGCCUGCUACGCACGCUGUCAGGGGCAUCAAGGCUAUGUUCGUACUUUAACCCUUUAAGUCCCAAUAGUGACCAACAACAAUUUUCUCCUAACGAUAUCCAUAGAUUGUCAAGAGAUACAGUUAUGAGAAUUAACAAAUGAUCACCAAAGAGAAAAUGCCUUGAUCUUUUAUUAAAUUCUCUCAACUAAUUCUUAAAGGAAAUGUAUGGAGAUCAGUUUGGAGAAUUUGUAUUUGGAUAUUGGGACUGAAGGGGUUAACGGAUAGCUCAGUUUACGUGCCGACACGAAAAGCUAUCGGAAGUAGUAUGAAUACGUAUCAUAUGUACCGCGCCAAAAUCACCGUUGUAUGUGUAAACAGAAGCCCUUAUCUAACUUAACAACACUACCUAACAACAGCUUUGCACGUGCAGCACACUUUUUUGUACAUUUCUUUAUCGUCUCCGCACCACCACGACGUGAAAAUGUUUAUUUCCACUUCUCUUUACGGCGUAGACGCCGUCGUAAUCCACCGUCAUAAACUACGUCGUCUUCCAUCGGGUGAUCACAAGACAAGCAAACUUCAUUGAUGAUGUGGGGAAGUAACAGAGGCUUUUGGAGUGGCAUUCAUUCCGUCGGAUCCAUUUCCUGAUGUUAAUGUGUACUGCGGUGGUGUUACACUUGCUGUAUACUCUGGUGGGGGCUGUUGGAAGGUAUUGAUGGCCGGUUGCGGGAGGUGAGAUGUGGUGCUUUCUGUCAAGUGCCCGAAAGGAACGUUGGAGAAUGCCAUUAAACGUUGUUGCCGUCUCCGGUGAUAAAAGUAGCCGAAGACUACGAUAGCAACAAUAACAACAAAUGCACAUGCUGCGGUAACAGGUAUGAUGAUGUUCAGAUUGCAUUUCGUGCCAUUUUUACACUUCCUACCACAGCAAACUUGACCACCAGAGCAGUCAGAGUUUAAAGUACAGCCUUGACCACUACAAUCUUUCCCUUGAACACACACAUCAUUACAGCAUGAUUCAUCAAAACCACAUUCCGACUGCAGCACGCAGAAGCGACCGAUGCAAUUGUUGCCUUGAACGCAUCUGGAAUCACAGCAUACCGAGUUACUCGGACACUGAGUGUUGGAAGAGCAGUAAUCACCGAGGCAAGGUGUUGUUUCGAAGCGACAAAUCCCGACUGAAGUCUGUCUGCAACACUUUUCCGAAUAUCUGCAAUCGCUCGAGCUGGAACAGGAUUCACCGAUGCACUUCACGCCAGAAAUAAAUGCCCCCAAAACAAUCAACGUACACAAUAUGAUAUUUUUCUUGUAAGAUAAACAGAGCACCAUACCAACUCUUAGUAAUGCCAUCCUUUAGAUUUGCGAGUUCUCGGUUCUCGACUUCGCGUGAUCAAAUGUUGCUUGAGACGGUAUUAUCCUCAAAAAAUAUGUAAAUUUUGUAGGCGUUUUCUUACGUCAGAUCCCCCUGUAUCCGCCUUACUAACUUUCAGAAAUAUAAACCAUUUAUUAAUGGCCUCAAUAAGCGAUAAAUGAUCGGUAAACCCUAUGACGUUGCCAAGAUAAUUCAUUGUUAAAAUAGGGUCACUCUCUUCGGAUCCAGUCUAACCUGAACCUCUGAUUGAUUUAUUAUUAUGCGGAAGCUGUACUGCAGAAUUUUCAAUUGAUUUAUUACCUUUAUUGAACUUGCAUAAAAUUUAACAAGCGCUAUCAGAAAUUUAAGGAAGUGAGUGAUAGUGACUUGACUAAUUUUAACCACAAAUCUUUGCACCACUUGUCACGUCAUAACUCUCUCGCGAGGUUCCUUGGGUCGACCGUGAUGUACAUUUACACUUUAUUGCAUCUUCAGUCUCUGGGGUCAAAAAAAUGCAUGUUUCGCAAAAUUCUCCGCAGAGGGUAAAAAGUAGGCCUACGACUAUUUUACAGUCACUGGUCAGCUGACUGAAUUCGUUUCGCUUUUUUACAACUUUCUUUCUUGGCUGUGGAGUAACCGCAGAAUACCCUGCCACAUUGACUACGUCACUGAAAAACAGUGGCUACGCGGUAUGCGGAAUUAACUCAAGCGUGGCACGCCUGUUUUUCUUUUUUUUAAAGAACGAGGAAAUCACUUUUAUUUCUCACUUAAAGAAUGUAUUUUUGACAUUACAUGUUUCUCUUAUUGCGUACCCCCAGGGAGAGGGUACUUAGGUUAAUUUUUGCUGUGUAUGUGCCGCUGGCCUCUCAGAGUCCCUGUAGAUCCUAUUUUAGUCACUUCUGGGCAAAUGUAAUUUUCGCGAUCCCCACUUAGUCACUUUCUAUUUAUGCAUCUACCUUAUCAAUCUUUUAAAUAGGUCAUCCUAAAAGGAAUUGACCCAUCUUUUUAAAUUGACUGAAGACCUUACUUUUUACGUACAGUAGAAAGAUUGAGUUACUUUUACUAACCGUUAAUGUAAAGAACUUUCUUACCCCAAAAAUCCGAAAAUGUGCGACCCUAUUCUAUUUACUCCCUUGAAAAUGCAGCCCCGUUAUAGUCAAUCCAGUCGUGAAAAUGCGACCCCACCCAGGGGCACAUCCCCACUAGCCUCUAGUAAGCAAGUACCACCUCCUCCCCCCCCCCCCCCCGGGCCCCCCUGCCCCCAUAAAGGCGCCCUAAGCCCACUUUUUCCAUUUACCCGGAACCCACGUUUUGUGCCCUGCCGAAAAAACAAUGGGGAAAAAUUUAAAUACCUAUCCCCUUGUCAGAUCCCCCUUAAUAGUUUACGGAGGGGCGCCCUUUCCCCCUAACUUUUUUUACCCCAAAAACCCAAAAUGUGCGCCCCCUUUUUUUUUUCCCCCCUUAAAAAGCCGCCCCCUUUUAACCAACCCCGGCGGGAAAAACGCCCCCCCCCCCGGGGGCCCCCCCCCCCUGCCCCUAGAAAGGAAGUACCCCCCCCCCCCCCCCCCCCCCCGGGGCCACCUGUCCCUAUACAAGGGACCUUAAGGCUAUCUUCGUACUUUACCGGAUAGCUCGGUUGUCGUGCCGACACGAAAAGCUAUCGGGAAAAUUAUAAAUACCUAUCCGAUAUGUCAGUCUCCACUUAAGAGAUCGGCGAGGCGCUGCUUCGCACCGUUACGGAAAUCGCGCCGAAAUCAUCGUUCUAUGUGUGAACAGAAGUCCUAUCUAACAAAAAAACUUCUAGCCUGCGUAGCAAGCGUUUUCAAUCGAGUUAUUACGCGAAAGGUAGAGCGGGAGCUAAAAACAAAUGGAAGAGCGAAGGGGAGGGAGAAAAGGAAACCUUCUCUCCCCUCCCCUCCCCUCCCCCGUCAUUCCUUUUUUCAGGGUUUGUACAGGUCAUGGAAAACCAACAACAACAACAACAACAAAACUUCAUUAAUAAACAAAUAAAAUUACGGACUAAAGAAACACAGAAUUAAACAAAUAAAUUGUAAAGGUAGAAACUAUAAUAAGCAAGGUUUUUGGUUUUUGACAUGUUUGACUAAUUGAACGUCUGUGAUUUUCUUCAGUUGAUUCUUGAGAUGUUGAAUUCCUUUUCCUAACGCUUGGUUUUCUUUUCUUAGUUUCUCAGUUCCGGUCAUAGUUGAGUAAAAGUUAAAAGAUUUAGAAGAAAUUUAGUAAGAAGCCCAGAGUGAUCGAGAACACGCCCGACUAGUACGCUCUCGGUACCAGUUUUCUCUGGGAAGUCAUGAAAUUUAAGAAAGUCAUGGAAAUUUAAGGCUAUGUUUGGGAGAUUAGUCACUGCAGAUACUAAUGCUAGGAAAAUGUAAGACAGAGACGAGUGAUUAAACAUUGCAAAUUGUACGCAUUUUAGUGGACACCAGAGUUUGUCUGUUGUGCUGAGUUAGGGCGAAAAAUUCCCUAAAACAAGGAAAAUUUUGAGACGCGUUCGAAUGUUGUUGAAGUGAGGGGAUUUAGAUCUGUGACUCGGGAUGCUACUCAAUCGCGAAAAGGCGGUCGGGAUUCCGGCGGAAUAGUCUUACUUUAAAAAUGCAUUUCAUGACUGGAUUUCAAUUGUCAAAAAGACCUGCAAUUUCCUAUGGUUCAAGAUUGACAAAGACUAUGCCGAAACCGUCAAAGAUAUCUAUCUAUACGUGUGGCCUUUAUAUACCUCCAUGUAAUUCACCGUAUUUUAAUGUAGAAUUAUUUGAAGAAGGGAGUUUAUGGGUGACUUGAACGCUAGAACUGGAAAGUAUUCCGACAGUGUUUGUAAAGAGGGAAAUAACCUCAUUACAAACGUCCAAUCAGAAUUCUCUCACUGCCCAACCCAGAGAAAUAAUUUUGUUAACGAAUUAAACUGUCACGGUAAAAGGCUCCUUGAAAUUGUAAAAGUGCAGACCUUAGGAUUCUACAGGGAAGAGUCAGUGGUCAUACCCUAUACCAUACGUGAGCAAUACCAUGAUACUCUGGCCCAAUACAAGAAAUUACUUAAUUCUAAAAAGAAUGAUUAUUACAAUGCCAAGAUAUCGGAGCUAGAAAAAACUGCAGACAAUUCAGAGGCUUAAACUUUCUGGCAAUGCCUCAAAUCGAAGGACGACACUAGAAAAGGAGAGGAUUUUCCAUCAAUCUCGGAAGAAAAACUGGCUGCAACAUUUCCACAAUCUUCAUUAAAAUGAACCUCUUAACCCAGCACAGCAAAACAUUUGCAAUGAGCUACGACAAAAUCAAUGCCAUGGUCAACACUCUCGUACUUUAGAUUUCAUGAUAACUGAAAGAGAAAUACGUAAAGCUGUAAAAAAGUUAAAGAAUAAUAAAUCACCAUUUUCGGAUAAAAUUAGAAAUGAAAUGAUAAAAGCUUAGGUACUGAUACACUGAUGCCCGUAUAUGAAAAUUAUUUAAUUCAAUUCUUAACCAAGGGACCAUGCCACAGACUUGGUGUGGUGGUGUUAUUACUCCCAUUUAUAAAUCGGGCGGACGAAGCGAUCAGGCAAACUACCUGGGUAUCUGUGUCUCCAGCUGCCUGGGAAAACUAUUUUGUUCCAUCUUAAACCAACGACUUUUCGAGUAUAUCGUUUCUUUGAAUAUACUCCACAAAUCUCAAAUUGGCUUUUUACCGAAUAACCGCACAGCAGACCACGUCUUCACUCUCCGAGUACGUUCAUAAUCACAACGAAAAGAUCUAUGCUUGUUUUGUAGAUUUCAAAGACGCUUUUGACUCGGUCUGGCAUGACGGGCUCUUGAAUAAGCUGCUGCAAAUUGAUGUAGGUGGUUCAUUUUAUAACUUAAUUAAAAACUUAUAUCACAACUCUUCCUGCUGGAUUAAAAUUGCCCAAAAACAAACGCGAUCAUUCCGUUAUGCGAGAGUUGUGAGGCAAUGCUGUAUCUUAAGUCCACUGCUUUUUAAUCUUUAUAUUAACGACCUACCUUUCGCAUCUGAAAAUACAUUAUCUGAUCCUUUUGUUUUGCCAAACGGUGCAAACUAAAUUCUCUAUUAUAUGGAGACGAAUUAAUCAUUUCAUCACGAUCCAAAACAGGAUUACAAAAUUGCCUCGAUAAACUAUUUUCAUUCUGAACUUCAUGGACGAUGAAAAUCAAUCCCAAGAAAACAAAAAUUAUGGUUUUUCAGAAACGUGCGAGAAAAAAUGCUGAUUUUGACCUUCUCAUAGAUAGUCAAACAAUUGAUGUUGUACAAGAGUACACUUACUUAGGAACUCAGUGUCACAUGAACAUCUCAAGGAGAAAGCUCUUCAUGCCCUCUUCAGCUUGAGACGACACACAAAUCUUAGCAAACUAAAAGCAGCUCUCGCCUGUAACAGAUUUGAUACUAUGAUCUCCCCUAUUCUAACAUAUAACAGUGAAAUUUGGAGUUUGUAUGCCAAAACAGAUUUUAAGACCUGGGACGGCUCACAAAUCGCGAAGGCACACCUUCAAUUUUGUAAACGAUACUUGGAGGUAAACAACAAAGCUUCUAAUAUAGCUUGUAGAACAGAGCUUGGUCGUUUUCCUAUAAAUAUCACAAUCAAUCAAAGAAUUCUCAAAUACAUUUUGUAUAUACAGUCUAAAGAUGAGGAAUCUCUCGUCGAACAAGUUUUUUUAAUGUCAUUCGACUUACACUGUAAUGGCAAUAAUAGCUUCCACUCUCAUUUUAUGAAUAUGUCAGAAUACUUUGAGACUUUAACCCUGAGAUAUAUCUAUGGUAAAAAGCUAUGUAAGCUCAAUGAAACAGGAAUAUAUCUCAUAUUGGCAAAACACCCUUCAACAUUCUCGAAAACUUGAAUUUUAUAGCUCUUUUAAAACCGAUCAUACCUCCUGUAGUUAUUUAGACUGAACAAGAAGAACAGCUGGGAGAAGAGCUUUAGUAAAACUACGAAUAAGCAAUCACAAACUAAUGAUAGAAAUAGGCAUAUACAAUCAAACUGCGAAGGACAAUAGGCAUUGCCCUUUUUGUGGAUGCAAUGUAAUGGAAGACGAAGUUCACUUCCUUUUUCAAUGUCCUACAUACUCUAUGAUUAGGAAUAAAUUUAAAGUCAAGACUCUGAUUCCAGAUAUUACCCAGUUACCUAUAAACGGUUUGAUCAAUGAACUGAUGAACUCUUCUUAUUACUUUAUCAAUAUGCAAUUCGUAAAAUAUAUUUUAGCUUGUUUUGAUGUUCGUAACAAAUUAUUAUCAAAGUAACGUAAUUGCCCUGUGUUGUAAUGUUGAUUCCUAAACAUAGCUUUUGCAAUACUGUAUGUGCUUGUAUGGUCAUGCAAAUAAAGCUCGUUGUUGUUGUUGAGAAAUAUUUAACGUGGCAGCUAAACCUAAGGUCAUGGAAAAAGUGGAAAGGUCGUGGAAAAGGUGGAAAGGUCAUGGAAAAAGUGGAAAGGCCAUGGAAAAAGUGGAAAGGUCAUGGAAAAAGUGGAAAGGCCAUGGAAAAAGUGGAAAGGUCAUGGAAGAAGUGGAAAGGUCAUGGAAAAAGUGGAAAGGUCAUGGAAAAAGUCAUGGAAAGUCAUGAACUUGAAGAGCUCAAAAGAGUACGAACCCUGUUUUUUGCUCUUGCCCCAACUUUCUCGACAAACUAGCGUGGAAACGCUUGCUAUGCAGACUACAACACUACCUAACAACAGCUUUGCACGUGCAGCACACUUUUUAGUACAUUUUAUCGUCACCGCUCGACCACAACGUGAAAAUGUUUAUUUUCACCUUUUAUGGAGGACAUGAUUAAGCGACGGUCAAAUUUUCCUUCUCUUUAUGGCCUUUAGGUAUGUUACUUAGGAAUUCAACUCCAGUAGAUUUCGCCAACAUUUGACACAGAAAGUGAAAGGGAAUAAUUGAAAUGAAGAUCGAAAAAAUGCUAAUUCACUUUUUAAGCGACGUUUUCGUCGCCGUUGCCGUCGGCGUCCUCGGAUCUUAAGUCCCUAGUAAGUAAAUUAGGACGCCGUUGUAAUGAACCGUCAUAAACUGAGUCGUAUUUCAUCGGGUGAUCACAAGACAGGCAAACUUCAUUGAUGAUGUGGGGAAGUAACAGAGGCUUUUGGAGUGGCAUUCAUUCCGCCGGAUCCAUUGCUUGAUGUUAAUGUGUGCGGUGGUGUUACACUUGCUGUAUACUCUGGUGGGUGCUGUUGGAAGGGAUUGGUGAUCGGUUGCGGGAGGUGAGAUGUGGUGCUUUCUGUUAAGUGCCCGAAAGGAACGUUGGAGAAUGCCAUUAAACGUUGUUGCCGCCUCCGGUGAUAAAAAUAGCCGCAAACUGUAUGAUGAUGUUCAGAUUGCAUUUCGUGCCAUUUUUACGCUUCUUACCACAGCACGCUUGACCACCAGAGCACUCUAAGUCAUAAGGAUAGCUUUGACUUCUACAAUCUUUCCCGUAAACACACAAAUCAUUACAGCAUGAUUCAUCGAAACCACAUUCCGACUGCAGCACGCAGGAGCGACCGAUGCAACUUUUGCCUGGAACGCAUCAGCUACCACAGCAUACCGAGUUACGCGGACACUGAGUGUUGGAAGAGCAGUAAUCAGGGGCACCCAACGAGAAUAUAGUUAAAAACUACUUACCUUCUUAUAGGAAAUUAACUCUCCGUGAAAUUAACGCGAAUCAUUAAAAUUCCCGUUAAUUUAAGUCGCGGUUAUUUUGUUGAGCGUUAAUUUCCGCGACGUUAAUUAAGUGCAGCGUUAAUUUCCGCGCUCUUAAUUACCAGUAUUUUAACCCCAAUUUCGGAACCUGUCCAGACAUUCUUGACACCUAAAAAACAUUAACUACAAGCUUUCUUUCUUUCCAUUUACCUCUUAUUUUUCAUCUUUCACAAAAGCUAAGGCGUAGGUUUACAAUAUUUCGAGUUCAUCUUCAUCGUUGUCGCUGUCAGAAGUGAUGUCAAUAUCUUCUCCUUUGAUUUCGGCCAAGAUAAUCGCGUUAAUUUCCUUUUUUAUGAAAUUCUACCUCCUCUUUCGCGUUAAUUUUCUUUAUUCGAAAGUCAUUUUACAUAAAUUCGCGUUAAUUUAAAUCGCGUUAAUUUCCAAUACCUUAAUUUCAUAGAGCGUUAAUUUCCUAUAAUAAGGUAAACAUAGCAUUGUAAAUUUAUUUCAGUAUUUAAAAGAACAUUAAUAAUGGUUAUGCUUUUGUGCUCAGUAAUGAUUAUGAUAAGAUUAGCAAAAAUAUCCACGAUUAUAUGAAAGGCAUCAGAGUACCGUAUAAAUAUUGCAUCAAACAUUUCUAUAAUAAGGACACACUAAAAAUACAUUAUAAAGUUAUCCACCGAAUUGAAAAAUAAAAUUAUCACAAACUUAAAGCAAGUCAGUAUCUAUUUAACAUACCUUUUUUACAUUCCAUAAUUAUAUACAUGAUAUAUAUAUGGAAGAUUUUAUCCGUCUUUUAGCCAAACAACAAUCUCUAUCAGGAGGCACUAGUUUAAUAUCUAUGUAUAUUCCUCCAAAUGGUGGAGUAAGCCUUAGUAAACAAAAAUUGACCAAUGAAAUGGGACUUGUCUCAAAUAUUAAGUCAAAAGUCGUACAAAAACACACAAAAACCGCCCUAAAAUGAGCAUUAUAGCAACUAAACCAGCUAUAAGAACCAAGAAUUUCAUGCCAUGGGUUAUUACUACUAUCUGGCGUCAUAAAACAUACUUGUGAAGGAUACAAAGGAUCAGUACUCAUUGAACCUGAGCAAGCGAUAGAAAAAGCUGAUUAUAAAUGCGGUAAGAGCUUUUAUUUAGAUCCUAUUUUAGAUACUUAUAAAAAGAAAAUAAUUGAAAAUCCAAUAGUCGACAAACUAUUGGAUAUGAUUGCAAAAGCAAAUAUAGACAGGUUGGAUUUUGGACUCAAAAAAAAUAACCAAUAAUCAUUCUCAUGUUGUAUUCACAAAUGAGGAUAAAUAUCAGAACUAUCAACCUGAUCCUGACUCAAAAACCAAAAUAAUAUAUAGUCAUAAACUAUUUCAGUAUGGUGAUAUGGUUGGGCUUCGAUAUUAUUAAAGUCAAACCGGAUUCCCAAGGUCAAAUUCCUGGAAUCCAAUUCGGAGAAAAUGCUGACGUCAUCAAAAACCCAAGGACAAAUCCAGAAUAUAUGAUAUGCGCCGGUGCCGCCACGUACUACACUACUUUUAAACGGUAGAUAUAGGCAUGUUUUUACCCCCUAAAAAUUUUUUAUCUGUUCGGAUCUCCUAGCUGAAAGUCUAGUGAUCCGAAAAUUGUAGGGAUCAAAACUUACCUAUUCGAAAAUUUCAGCCAGAAAAAAGGCUCCCGAACAUUCUAGGUGACCGUUUUAGGAUAAAAAUUCGUUAAAAAUGGGCAAUUAUACCAUUUUUUAGAUGUUUGAAAAUCCUAAGAGGGGCAGGCGAGCAAGAAAUUUUACUACAAAUGUUCCGAAAAUUCUAGAUCUCAAAUCGUCUUCUGAACAGAUAUUUUCCGAAAAUUGACGUUGGGUGCCCCUGAGUAAUCACCGUGUUUUGAAGUGACAAAUCCCGACUGAAGUCUGUCUGCAACACUUUCUCAGGAAUAAUCGCAAUCGCUUGAACUGAAACAGGAUUCACCGAUGCACUUCACGCCAGAAAUAAAUGGUCCCAAAACAAUCUACUAAGUACACAAUAUGACAUUCUUCCUGUAAGAUAAACAGAGCACCAUACCAACUCCUAGUAAUGCCAUCCUUUAGAUUUACGAGUUCUCGGCUCUCAACUUCGCGUGGUCCAAUGUUGCUGCAAACGCAUUUCUCUCACAAUAUAAAUUUAUAGGCUUUCUCUGACGUCAGAGCCACCUGUAUCGGCCUUCCAUAUUUCCAGAAAAGUAAAUCACUUUUCAAGACAAAGUACAGACCUCGCUACCGGCUUUUUAUUUAGUAUUUUACAGAAUAGUUGUUGGGAUUGAGCUCAGACACUUAACCUCUAUUCUUGUUUUUCAAUUGAUGAGAAAAAUCCCAUUAUUCUUCGAAAGAGACAAAAACCAAAUGAAAUUUUAAGAGCGUUAACCACCCCUCCCCCCCACCCCCUGCUUUGAGUGGUUCUCACAGUAACAUGAAGUCUAUGAGUCAGCAGAUUGCCAUCGUUUCUAUGUCAACCAUUACCCGGUAUUGAAAGAACGGCUUUUGAUUAGCUACAGGCCUAAUUCCUGAUAUUGCUAUGGCGGAAACAUUUCAGCUACUUGCAAAUAUCAUCGAUUCAAUUUAAGCGUGGUACGCUUGGUUUGCUUUAGGGCCUUUAUUGUAAGGAACCAGGAUAUCACAUCUACACGGGCGUUCAGUUUGGAAAUUUAUUUCUCACUUAGGGAAUACAUGUAUUUCUUGAGGUUAUUACUUACAGCGUACCGCUUACCAUGUAGCUACCAGGGACCUUAAGGUUAUGUUCAUACUAUACAGGAUAGUUCAGUUUUCGUGCCGACACGAAAAAAAAGAAGCCAUCCAGUAUCGUAUGAACACUUAUCCGUUAUGUGACUGUACAUUAGAGAUCGGCCCGGCGCUGCUUCGCUCCGUUACAGAAAUUGUGCCGUUCUUUCUGUGAUCAUAAGUCCUAUCUGGUAUAGUUUUAUGCCGGUAAAGUGGUCACAGCCUGAGAUCAGACGACAGCGACAGCGACGAGAACGGGCCAGAAAAUCAAUGGGUUCUGAAAAAGCAACAACAACAACAACAGCAGCUUUGCACGUGCAGCACACUUUCUUUCUUCUACACUUCUUUGCCGUCAACGCAAGACCACGACGGGAAAAUGUCCAUUUUCAGGUUUUAUAAAGGACAAAAACGAGCGAAGACCAGAUUUUCCUUCUCUUUAUGGCCUCUAGAUAUGUUCCUAAGGAAUUCAACUCCAGUAGAUUUCGCCUACAUUUGACACAGAAAGUGAAAUGGAAUAAUUGAAAUGAAGAUCGAAAAAAAUGCUAAUUCACUUUUUAAGCGACUUUUUCGUCGCCGUUGCCGUCGCCGUCCUCGGAUCUUAAGUCCCUAGUAAGUAAAUUAGGACGCCGUUGUAAUAAACCGUCAUAAACUGAGUCGUAUUCCAUCGGGCGAUCACAAGACAAGCAAACUUCAUUGAUGAUGUGGGGAAGUGACAGAGGCUUUUGGAGUGGCAUUCAUUCCGCUGGAUCCAUUGCUUGUUGUUAAUGUGUACUGCGGCGGUGUUGCACUUGCUGUGUACUCUGGUGGGGGCUGUUGGAAGUUAUUAUUGACCGGUUGCGGGAGGUGAGGUGUGGUGCUUUCUUCUAAGUGCCCGUAAGGAACGUUGGAGAAUGCCAUUAAACGUUGUUGCCGCCUCCGGUUAUAAGAAUAGCCGAAGAUUGCGAUAACAGCAAUGACAGUAACUACACAUGCUGCGGUAACUCCUAUGAUGAUGUAUUGAUUGAUGUCUAUAUUGCAAUUUGAACCUUGACAAGUCCCACUACAACAGCUUUCUAAAAUUUGACAAUCGCUACUCUUCGAACAGGACUGAGCGAUGCAAUUCGUGCCAUUUGCACACUUCUGACCACAGCAAACUUGACCACCAGAGCAGUCAAAGUUAUCAGUACAGCCUUGACCACUACAAUCUUUCCCGUAAACACACAAAUCAUUACAGCAUGAUUCAUCGAAACCACAUUCCGACUGGAGCACGCAGGAGCGACCGAUGCAACUGUUGCCUGGAACGCAUCUGGAAUUACAGCAUACCGCGUUACGUGGACACUGAGUGUUGGAAGAGCAGUAAUCACCGAGGCAACUCGUGCCAUUUUUACACUUCUGACCACAGCAAACUUGACCACCAGAGCAGUCAAAGUUAUUAGUACAGCCUUGACCACUACAGUCUUUCCCUUGAACACACACAUCAUUACAGCAUGAUUCAUCGAGACCGCAUUCCGACUGCAGCACGCAGGAGCGACCGAUGCAACUGUUACCUGGAACGCAUCUGGAAUCACAGCAUACCGAGUUACUCGGACACUGAGUUGUGGAAGAGCAGUAAUCACCGAGGCAAGGUGUUGUUUCGAAGCGACAACUCCCAACUGAAGUCUGUCUGCAACACUUUUCCGAAUAUCCGCAAUCGCUCGAGCUGGAACAGGAUUCACCGAUGCACUUCACGCCAGAAAUAAAUGCCCCCAAAACAAUCAACGUACGCAAUAUGUCUCUUUUCUUGCAAGAUAAACAGAGAACCAUACCAACUCUUAGUAAUGCCAUCCUUUAGAUUUGCGAGUUCUCGCCUCUCGACUUCGCUUGAUGAAAUGUUGCCUCAGACGGUUUUAUCACGGAAAAAUAUGUAUAUUUUAUAGGCGUUUUCUUACGUCAGAUCCCCCUGUAUCCGCCUUACUUACUUACAGAAAUAUAAACCACUUUUUAAUGGCCUCAAUAAGCGAUAAAAGAUCGGUAAACCCUAUGACGUUGCCAAGAUAAUUCAUUGUUAAAAUAGGGUCACUCUUUUCGGAUCCAGUGUAAAUUGAACCACUGAUUGAUUUAAUAUAAUGCGGAAGCCGUACUGCAGGAUUUUCAAUUGAUUUAUUACGUCUAUUGAACUUGCAUAAAAUUUAACAAGCGCUAUCAGAAAUUUAAGGAAGUGAGUGACAGUGAGACUUAAGAGCUCUUGACUUGACUAAUUUUAACCACAAAUCUUGAUUGAUUUAAUAUAAUGUGGAAGCUGUACUGCAGAAUUUUCAAUUGAUUUAUUACCUGUAUUGAACUUGCAUAAAAUUUAACAAGCGCUAUCAGAAAUUUAAGGAAGUGAGUGACAGUGAGACUUAAGAGCUCUUGACUUGACUAAUUUUAACCACAAAUCUUUUAAUUGACCCAUUUUUUUAAAUUGACUGAAGACUUUGCUUUUUACGUAGAGCAGAAACAUCGCGACGUAAUUGACCAAUCAGAUCAAUAACCAGAGUAUAAUACCAUCAACUGACGUGAUACAACUCACUUUGAUUCUGAAGAUGACUACCGCACAGGUUGUCGAAACGUGAGUUACUGUCGACAACAGUCCUAUUCAGGACUACGUUCACCCGGACGAUCAAACUCAACCUACUUUUGAAAACUUUAUUAAUAACCAAAUAAAAUUACAGACUGGAGAAACACAGAAUUAAAUAAAUAAAUUGUAAAAGUAGAAACUAAUAAGCAAGAUUGUUGUUUUUUGACAUGUUUGACUAAUUGAACGUUAGUGAUUUUCUUCAGUUGAUUCUCUAGAUGUUAAAAUUUCUUUUCGUAACGCUUGGUUUUCUUUCCUUAGUUUCUCAGUUCCGGUCAUAGUUGAGUAAAAGUUAAAAGAUUUAGAAGAAAUUUGGUAAGAGUGAGUGAGUGUAGUUGACUACGUAGUGUGUGACCAGGGUCUUUUAUCACACGUUGCAAAUUUUGUAGUCAAAGGUCCACUGCAUUUGUUAGACCAUAGCCCUAUUACUACUUGGCUGAAUAUUAACAAAAAGACGAGUUACAAUCCCACCAUACUUGAAGGAGAUACUUCAACGCGUUUACCGAAACAAUUUCUGUGGGAAAACGACUCCGCUCAAAAAUUCAAGGAUGCUCUGAGGUCUCCCUGUAUACAAACACUAACACGCGAUUAUAUUGCCGGCGACACAUUCAAUGAAAAUACUGAGCUAUCCCUCGAAAAGGUGGAAAACAUUUUAAUCGCAACGGCUAAGUGUUGUUUAAAGAUAAGAGCAGGUAAAACGUGUAAGCGUAUCAAAUCAUUAUCAAACAAAAAAUGGUUCGAUAAAGAAUGUCGUUUGAAAAGGCAUGAAUUACGAAAACUAGCAAACAGGAACAUCGAGACCCUUUUAAUACUAUACCAUACGUGAGCAAUACCAUGAUACUCUGGCCCAAUACAAGAAAUUACUUAAUUCUAAAAAGAAUGAUUAUUACAAUGCCAAGAUUUCUGAGCUAGAAAAAACUGAGACAAUUCAGACGCGAAACCUUUCUGGCAAUGCCUCAAAUCGAAGGACGACACUAGAAAAGGAGAGGAUGUUCCAUCAAUCUCGGAAGAAAAUCGGCUACAAUAUUUCCACAAUCUUCAUUCAAAUGAACCUCUUAACCCAGCACAGCAAAACAUUUGCAAUGAGCUACGACAAAAUGAAUGCCAUGGUUAACACUCUCGUCCUUUAGAUUUCAUGAUAACUGAAAGAGAAAUGCGUAAAGCUGCGAAAAAGUUAAAGAAUAAUAAAUCACCAUUUUCGGAUAAAAUUAGAAAUGAAAUGAUAAAAGCUAGUAUUGAUACACUGAUGCCCGUAUAUGAAAAACUAUUUAAUUCAAUUCUUAACCAAGGGACCAUGCCACAGACUUGAUGUGGUGGUCUUAUCACUCCCAUUUAUAAAUCGGGCGGAAGAAGCGAUCCGGCAAACUACCGGCGUAUCUGUGUCUCCAGCUGCCUGGGAAAACUAUUUUGUUCUAUCUUAAACCAACGACUUUUCGAGUAUAUCGUUUCUUUGAAUAUACUCCACAAAUCUCAAAUUGGCUUUUUACCGAAUAACCGCACAGCAGACCACGUCUUCACUCUCCGAACCUUGAUAGAUAAGUACGCUCAUAAUCACAACGAAAAGAUCUAUGCUUGUUUUGUAGAUUUCAAAGACGCUUUUGACUCGGUCUGGCAUGACGGGCUCUUGAAUAAGCUGCUGCAAAUUGAUGGAGGUGGUUCUUUUUAUAACUAAAUUAAAAACUUAUAUCACAACUCUUCCUGCUCGAUUAAAAUUGCCCAAAAACAAACGCGAUCAUUCCGUUAUGCGAGAGGUGUGCGGCAAUGCUGUAUCUUAAGUCCACUGCUUUUUAAUCUUCAUAUUAACGACCUACCUUUCGCAUUUGAAAAUAUAUUAUCUGAUCCUUUUGCUUUGCCAAACGGUGCAAAACUAAAUUCUCAUAUAUAUGCAGACUAUUUAAUCAUUUUAUCACGAUCCACAACAGAACUACAAGAUUGCCUCGAUAAACUAUCUUCAUUCUGUACUUCAUAGAUGAUGAAAAUCAAUCCCAAGAAAACAAGAAUUAUGGUUUUUCAGAAACGUGCGAGAAAAAAAGGUGAUUUUCACUUUCUCAUAGAUAGUCAAAUAAUUGAUGUUGUACAAGAGUACACUUACUUAGGAACUCGAAUGUCCUCAUUGGGACAUUUUUCAGUCACGUGAACAUCUCAAGGAGAAAGCUCUUCAUGCCCUCUUCAGCUUGAGACGACACACGAAUCUAAGCAAACUAAAAGCAGCUCUCGCCUGUAAAAUAUUUGAUACUAUGAUCUCCCCUAUUCUAACAUAUAACAGUGAAAUUUGGAGUGUGUAUGCCAAACGAGAUUUUAAGACCUGGGAAGGCUCACAAAUCUAGAAGGCACACCUUCAAUUUUGUAAGCGAUACUCGGAGGUAAACAACAAAGCCUCUAAUAUAGCUUGUAGAGCAGAGCUUGGUCGUUUUCCUUUAAAUAUCACUAUCAGUCAAAAAAUUCUCAAAUACAUUUUGUAUAUACAGUCUAAAGAUGAGGAAUUUCUCGUCAAACAAGCGUUUUUAUUGUCAUUCGACUUACACUGUAAUGGCAAAAAUAGCUUCCGCUCUCAUUUUAUGAAUAUAUCACAACACUUUAAGCUUCCUGACUUUAACCCUGAUUUAUUAGAUACAGCUAUGGUAAAAAGCUAUGUAAGUUCAAUGAAACAGGAAUAUAUCUCAUAUUGGCAAAACACCCCUCAACAUUCUCAAAAACUUGAAUUUUGUAGAUCUUUUAAAACCGAUCAUACCUCCUCUAGUUACUUAGACUUAAGAAGAGGAACAGCUGGGAGAAGGGCUUUAGUAAAACUGCGAAGGAUAAUAGGCAUUGCCCUUUUUGUAGAUGCAAUGUAAUAGGAGACGAAGUUCACUUUCUUUUCCAAUGUCCUACAUACUCUAUGAUUAGGAAUAAAUUUUACCAUAAAGUCAAGAGUCUAAUUCCGGAUAUUACCCAGUUACCUAUAAACGGUUUGAUCAAUGAACUGAUGAACUCUUCUUAUUACUUUAUCAAUAUACAAUUCAUAAAAUAUAAUUUAGCUUGUUUUGAUGUUCGUAACAAAUUAUUAUCAAAGUAACGUAAUUACCCUGUGUUGUAAUUUUGAUUCCUAAACACAGCUUUUGCAAUACUGUAUGUGCUUGUAUGCAUGCAAAUAAAGCUCGUUGUUGUUGUUGAGAAAUAUUUAACGUGGCAGCUAAACCUAAGGUCAUGGAAAAAGUGGAAAGGGCAUGGAAAAAGUCAUGGAAAGUCAUGAAUUUGAAGACCUCAAAAGAGUAUGAACCCUGUUUUUUGCUCUUGCCCCAACUUUCUCAACAAACUCGCGUGGAAACGCUUGCUAUGCAGACUACAACACUACCUAACAACAGCUUUGCACGUGCAGCACACUUUUUUGUACAUAUUUUUAUCGUUACCACUCCACCACGACGUGAAAAUGUUUAUUUUCACGAUUUAUGGAGGACAUGAUUAAGCGACGGUCAAAUUUUCCUUCUCUUUACGGCGUGGACGCCAAAUUUUCCUUCUCUUUAUGGCCUUUAGAUAUGUUCCUUAGGAAUUCAACUCCAGUAGAUUUCGCCUACAUUUGACACAGAAAGUGAAAUGGAAUAAUUGAGAUGAAGAUCGAAAAAAUGCUAAUUCACUUUUUAAGCGACGUUUUCGUCGCCGUUGCCGUCGCCGUCCUCGGAUCUUAAGUCCCUAGUAAGUAAAUUAGGACGCCGCUGUAAUUAACCGUCAUAAACUGAGUCGUAUUCCAUCGGGUGAUCACAAGACAGGCAAACUUCAUUGAUGAUGUGGGGAAGUAACAGAGGCUUUUGGAGUGGCAUUCAUUUCGCCGGAUCCAUUGCUUGAUGUUAAUGUGUACUGCGGUGGUGUUACACUUGCUGUUUACUCUGGUGGGUGCUGUUGAAAGGGAUUGGUGAUCGGUUGCGGGAGGUAAGAUGUGGUGCUUUCUGUUAAGUGCCCGAAAGGAACGUUGGAGAAUGCCAUUAAACGUUGUUGCCGCCUCCGAUUAUAAAAAUAGCCGCAGACUACGAUAACAACAAUGACAAUAAAUGCACGUGCUGCGGUAACAGGUAUGAUGAUGUUCUGAUUGCAUUUCGUCAUUUUUACACUACUUACCACAGCGCGCUUGACCACCAGAGCAGUCAAAGUCAUACGUACAGCCUUGACCACUACAAUCUUUCCCGUAAACACACAAAUCAUUACAGCAUGAUUCAUCGAAACCGCAUCCCGACUGUAGCACGCAGGAGCGACCAAUGCAAAUUUUGCGUGGAACGCCUUUGCUACAACAGCAUACCGAGUUACGCGGACACUGAGUGUUGGAAGAGCAGUGAUCAGGGGCACCCAACGAGAAUAUAGUCAAAAACUACUUAAACAUAGCAUUGUAAACGUAUUUUAGUAUUUAAACGGUAGAUAUAGGCAUGUUGUUACCCCCUAAAAAUUUUUAUCUGUUCGAAUCUCCCAGCUGAAAGUCUAGUGAUCCAAAAAAUUGUAGGGAUCAAAACUUAUCUUUUCGAAAAUUUCAGCCAGAAAAAAGGCUCGCGAACAUUCUAGGUGACCUUUUUAGGACAAAAAUUCGUUAAAAAUGGGCAAUUAUACCAUUUUUUAGAUGUUCGAAAAUCCCAAGAGAGGCAGGCUAGCAAGAAAUUUUACAACAAAUGUUCCGAAAAUUCUCGAUCUCAAAUCGUCUUCCGAACAGAUAUUUUCCGAAAAUUGACGUUGGGUGCCCCUGAGUAAUCACCGAGGCGAGGUGUUGUUUUGAAGUGACAAAUCCCGACUGAAGUCUGUCUGCAACACUUUCUCCGGAAUAUCCGCAAUCGCUUGAACUGGAACAGGAUUCACCGUUGCUGUGCACUUCACGCCAGAAAUAAAUGCUCCCAAAACAGUCUACUAAGUACACAAUAUGACAUUUUAUUUGUAAGAUAAACAGAGCACCAUACCAACUCCUAGUAAUGCCAUCCUUUAGAUUUGCGAGUUCUCGGCUCUCAACUUCGCGUGGUCAAAUGUUAUUGCAGACGCAUUUAUCCCAGAAUAUAGAUUUGAUAGGCUUUUUCUGACGUCAGAGCCACCUGUAUCCGCCUUCCGUAUUUCCAGAAAAGUAAACCACUUUUCAAGACAAAGUACAGACCUCACUACUGGCUUUUUAUUUAGUAUUUUACAGAAUAGUUGUUGGGAUUGAUCGCAGACACUUAACUUCUAUUCUCGUUUUUCAUAUGAUGAGAAUACCCAUUAUUCUUCGAAAGAGACAAAAACAAAAUGAAAUUGUUAGAGCGUUAAACCUCCCGGCAUUGAGUGAUUCUCGCAGUAACAUGAAGUCUAUGAGUCAGCAAAUUGCCAUCGUUUCCAUGUGAACCAUUACCCGGUAUUGAAAGAACGGCUUUUGAUAUAGCUACAGGCCUAAUUCCUGAUAUUGCUACGGCGGAAACAUUUCAGCUGCUUGCAAAUAUCAUCGAUGGCAUGCUUGGUUUGCUUUAGGGCCUUUAUUGUAAGGGACGAGGAUAUCACAACUACACGCGCGUUCAUUUUGGAAAUUUAUUUCUCACUUAGGGAAUACAUGUAUUUCUUGACGUUAUUACUUACAGCGUACCGCUUACCAUGUAGCUACCAGGGACCUUAAGGCUAUGUUCACACUAUAAUGGAUAGUUCAGUUUUCGUGCCGACACCAAAAGCUAUCCAGUAUAGUAUGAAUGAACACUUAUCCGUUAGGGACUUGUCAGAAAUUAGCAGGGGGGGAGGGGGGUGGGAAUUUUAAAUUUGGGUUCGCAAAUUAGGUGACCCAUCCCUCCAAUGGGAGUGAAAUUUGCAAACCCUCCCCUUAAGCUUGGCCUAAAAUAGCAUGACCCUCCCCACCUAAAGAAUUGAAAGAAAAAUGUUCCAGGCUCUUUAAGGUGCAGUAUUCCGAGCCAACAAGAAAAAAAAGGAAACAAAAACAAAAUAAAAGGAAAGCAAAAGAAAGCUAGGACAAAAAGAAUGGAAGCUAACUGCAAAAAGGUUAUUGAAACCAUUGCACCUCAGCAAGAGUCGCAUAAUGUUACAGAACCUAUUGGCCCAUUAUCUCUUCAUUAUGAAGGAAUAAGUGGGCUCCUCAAAACACAAAGGCCCUAUGCCCAAUACGCCUUUGAGGAGGGUUGUUCACCAAUGAAUAACAGGAACUUAUUUUCAAGCAAUAUCCAAGCUUGAACUUAAAUGAAAAUCAUGAUGAUGAUGAAAGUGAUUGUAUCAUGAUGAUGAAAGUGAUUGUAUCAAUGCUGAUGACAAAAAUGAUGAUGACAGCAGCAUUGAUGGUGACCCUGAAGACAGUGAUGAAAAGGAUAGCCAAAAUUCUAAUAACAUUAAUAACAACCCAGUUAUUCAUAAUAAAAAUGCAAUAAGACUCUAUAGCAUUGCCGUGUAAUAAAUGAAAAGUAGAUGUUUGUUAAAUUCUUGCAAUAGUACUUCACAGUUUAUAUCCAUAAUGCUCCGUUGUUCUUUAAUUUUUUUUCUUUUUUUUUUACCAAAUAAAGAACUUCCUUUUUCUUCUGCAGGUGAACCUCUACAUGAUCACGGGCCUAUAUUUGCAUGACCCUCCCCCUUUUAACGGCCCAUUUUUCAUUACCCCUCCCUUUUCUGAGUCUCAAAAAGUUGUGACCCUCCCUCUGUUUCCACCCCCCCUCCCCCCCUCCUAAUUUCUGACAAGUCCCUUAUGUGACUGUACUUUAGAGAUCGACCCGGCGCAGCUUUGCUCCGUUACAGAAAUUGUGCCGUUCUUUGUUUGAACAUAAGCCCUAUCUGGUAAAGUUUUGUGCUGGCUAAGAAGCUAUCCGGUAAAGUGAACACAGCCUGAGAUCGGACGACAGCGACAGCGACGAGAACGCGUCAGAAAAUCAAUGGGUUCUGAAAAAAAAAAACAACAACAACAGCAGCUUUGCACGUGCAGCACACUUUCUUUCUUCUACAUUUCUUUGCCGUCGACGCACGACCACGACGGGAAAAUAUCUAUUUUCAGGUUUUAUAAAGGACAAAAACAAACGAAGACCAAAUUUUCCUUCUCUUUUCUUAGGAAUUCAACUCCAGUAGAUUUCGCCUACAUUUGACACAGAAAGUGAAAUGGAAUAAUUGAAAUUAAGACCGAAAAAAUGCUAAUGCACUUUUUAAGCGACGUUGUUGUCGCCGUUGCCGUCGCCGUCCUCGAAUCUUAAGUCCCUAGUAAGUAGAUUAGGACGCCGGUGUAAUAAAGCGUCAUAAACUGAGUCGUAUUCCAUCAGGUGAUCACAAGACAGGCAAACUUCAUUGAGGAUGUGGGGAAGUAACAGAGGGUUUUGGAGUGGCAUUCAUUCCGCUGGAUCCAUAGCUUGUUGUUAAUGUGUACUGCGGCGGUGUUACACUUGCUGUGUACCCUGGUGGGGGCUGUUGGAAGUUAUUAUUGGCCGUUUGCGGGAGGUGAGAUGUGGUGCAUUCUGCUAAGUGCCCGAAAGGAACGUUGGAGAAUGCCAUUAAACGUUGUUGCCGCCUCCGGUUAUAAAAAUAGCCGAAGAUUAUGAUAACAGCAAUGACAGUAACUACACAUGCUGCGGUAACUCCUAUGAUGAUGUAUAGAUUGCAAUCUGAACCUUGACAAGUCCCACUACAACAGCUUUCUGAAAUUUGACAAUCGCUUUCCUUCGAACAGGACCGACCGAUGCAAUUCGUGCCGUUUGUACACUUCUGACUACAGCACGCUUGACCACCAGAGCAGUCAAAGUUAUCAGUACAGCCUUGACCAUGACAAUCUUUCCCGAAAACACACAAAUCAUUACAGCAUGAUUCAUCGAAACCACAUGACGACUGUAGCACGCAGGAGCGACCGAUGCAAUUGUUGCCGGGAACGCAUCUGGAUCUACAGCAUACCGAGUUACGUGGACACUGAGUGUUGGAAGAGCAGUAAUCACCGAGGCAAGUUUCUCUCUUGAGGUGACAAAUCCCAACUGAAGUCUGUCUGCAACACUUUUCCGAAUAUCCGCAAUCGCUUGAGCUGGAACAGGAUUGACCGAUGCAUUUCACGCCAGAAAUAAAUGCCCCCAAAACAAUCAACGCACACAAUGUGACAUUUUUCUUGUAAGAUAAACGAAACACCAUACCAACUCCUAGUAAUGCCAUCCUUUAGAUUUGCGAGUUCUCGGCUCUCAACUUCGCGUGGUCAAAUGUUAUUGCAGACGCAUUUAUCCCAGAAUAUAAAUUUGAUAGGCUUUUUCUGACGUCAGAGCCACGUUCAUCCGCGUUCCUUACUUGCAGAAAUAUAAACCACUUUUUAAGACAAUGUACAGCACUCACCCUAGCGGCUUCUUAGUUUAGUACUUUAUAGAAUAGUAGUUGGGAUUGAUAUCAAACACUUAACUUUAUUCUAGUUUUUCAUAUGAUUAGAAAAAUCUCAUAAUUCUUGAAAGGAGAUAAAGAUACAAAAUGAAAUUGUUAGAGCGUUAAACCCCCCUCAUUGACCGCAAAAAUAGAAAGUCUAUGAGUCAGCAAAUUGCUCUCGUUUCCAUGUCAACCAUUACCCGGUAUUGAAAGAACGGCUUUUGAUAUAGCUACAGGCCUAAUUCCUGAUAUUGCUUUGGCGGAAAUUACCUGCUAGCAAAGGUCUCUCACGACGAUGCAAAAAUGAGAGAAAGGGAAGACUCUCUCUCCUUUCUCUCAUUUUUGCCUCGUCUUUAGAGACCUCUGCUAGCAGGGAAUGGCGGAAACAUUUCAGCUACUUGAAAAUAUCAUCGAUUUAGAAUCUCAUAAAUUUUGCAUAGUCGUUUGAAAUGUCUGUAUGCUUUUUCAUGAACCUCAGAUUUGUUAGGGUAUGUUAUAAAGUAUUAUUUGGUUUUGUUAGUGUGCUUAUUUUUUACAUUCAUAUGUAGGUGGUUUAUUAUGAAUAUAUUUGCGUUCGAGGUACGAGAACGCAACCCCUAAUUUGUGUUGGUUGUUCUGUAUUAUUACUGGGUGUCCUGUGUAAUUAAUAAGGGAGGUUUUUUUUGAGACUGCAUUUGUGUCGACACACAUUUGCCUCGCUUUGAGGCGAUUGCUUACGUUUUGCCUCACUUUGACGCGCUAACUCACGUGGUGAUUCGAGUGUUCUCGGCGUUCAUUUUUCAAACGUUUUCUGAGGUCUGCUAUUUGUCUUUGUAACGCGUACAUAUCUCAAGAAUUUCCUGAAGGUCUACAAUCGAUGUGUGUUUAUUGAAUCUUUAAAAAUUGUCUUUUGAAAAUGUGUGCGACUGCUGGUGCAUGCAUGAAUGAAACCGGGUUGUUUAGCUCGGCGACCGUUGUGCCACAAAGUAAAUCUACCGAGUUGUGUAGCUCGGCGGCCGUUUUGCCACAAAGUAAAUCUACUGCGAUGUAAAGGUCGGCGGCCGUUGUGCCACAAAGUAAAUCUACUGCGAUGUGAAGCUCGGCGGCCGUUGUGCCACAAAGUAAAUCUACAGCGAUGUAAAGGUCGGCGGCGCCACUUCAUCAUGACUAGUGAUAUUUUCGGCACCGGACAAACGAACAUUUUUGCUCUAUGUUAUCUAUUCGGAAAAACUUAUAGACCAGCCUACAGUAGCGUCACACUCAAGUCACUGAAAUCAACACACUUUAUUAAAUUACUAAAAAAGUUAUUGACGUGAGCCGCACACACAUUCCACUGAAGUCUUUGAUGAUUCCCUUGAAACGUGUGAGAGGUGUAGCGUAAGUGAACCACUGUCCAAACACAAUUCAUUGUGCUCCAGCGUUCAUCCCAAAAAAUGUGGGCUUGGGUCUUUAAUAUCAACACAAGUUAAGAAGACUUGCCAGUAACGGUUUCAUUUUUGUCCACUAACAAAAGAAAAAGAAACCCGGGUUAAACGCUAAUCAGGCCUUCAAACAACUGCGCCCUGUAGAACAUCUUUUGUACUUUCUAUAAAUUUACUCGCCCGACGCACUCUGGGUCCACUCUGGUCAGUUUACUGUCUCCUCAAAUUACAAGCACUUGAGACGAACCAUACGAUAUCACAAGCCUUCAAAAGCUUUUCGUAAUGAAACGCAGUUUAAAUAGAGGUUUCGCUGUACGUAAUCACAUCCUUGCAUUCAAAAUAUGCCAUAAUCAUAUUUAUCUAUCGUGAGAACCAUCCACUCUUCCCCCUCAACUGCUACCUGUACACCAAACAAACAUAUCGAACGCACUCUCCUAAGCUCCGAUUACUCCUAGUUAAUAACAAUAAUUAAUUCUAAAUCUACUCAUCUAAUUCUAUUCAAUUCUGAUUUUGAUUGACAGGUAAAAUUUGACGUUUUGUAGUUUCCAUGGCAACAUGAACGAUUGAAUACAGCCUUAAAAUUUCCCUUUUGCUGAGUUUACAUAAAAUUCGCUAAUUAGAUUUUCCUAUUAACUUGCACACAGCUUACUAUAAUUAAUCAUUACUAUUUGAAACUUAUUUGACCAAAUUUUAAGAGACAGGUUUUUAGAUAAUCAGUAAUAUAAUUGUACUGUAAUUACCAAAUGUGUCACAAAAAUUGUCUGUUCAACUUCCAUUUUAAAGUAAAGGUCUCAUUAUUUAAAAUGCGAUAAAAGUAAAAAUUCUGUCAAUUGUCGCAAAAUGUUAAUGAGUAGAUUUUGAGAAAUCGUCUUCUGUGUACCAUUGCUUUUUUCGCCGCUAUGUUUAUUUGUCUAAUUUAAAACACGCGCUGUCACGCGAGUUACCGCUGACAGCCCGCAAAACUGUGUUCAGACACCUUAAUCGAGAUGAAGAAAAGUCUGUCAACGUGUUCUUUUGAGUGUGACCAUAAAUUCAUUUAGUGUUUGUUUUAUUUGGCCUUAAGUAAAACUUGUAUAAUCUAGCUUUACUCAGUUUAACUAAGAUUACAUUUCAUUUAUCUGCUUCUUAAAAAUACAUACAACCUUUUUGUAAUGUUUUUUCAGCCGACAUUUUUUUCUUGUGAAAACUGGUUGUUGUUAUCUGAUGCAAAACUAGUUCUUAGCUUGACUUGUUUACAUACAAGUACGCCAUGCAACGAAACAAAGCUAACAAAAUCUAGUCCGCGAGACGAGAGGACACGUCAAUUUGUCAGCACCAUAGAUAUGUCGCCCCGUGAAAGCGAAUCCAAGACGGGCUGGGAUUCUGGAUUCCGGUAUUUGUCAGUGGAAUUUGGAUUCUUGACUCCUUAAGCUGUAUUCCGGAUUUCCAAUUCCAGGAUUCCAGAUUCCAACCAGCACGUUCAGCUCAACGCGAUAGCGGCCAGUGAGUUUGAAUGUGAUCAGCACUGUAGGAGCUGUUCAUUUUCUGAGAAAUUUUCAAAUUGUUGGUCGAAAGUUGGCCCUUGUGGCUGGUAGAAGGGAUAAUCUUCUUCAAGAAUGCUACUGGUGACUCCCGUGUUGUCCGUGGGGGCAGCAAUAUUUGAUGUUAUACCUCUAGUCGUUGGAUGUCGUCUUUUCGCUUGCCGUCGUCGAUAGAUGAGUAAUAUCACUAUGAUCAGAAAGACAACGGCUAGAAAUGCAGCUAUCGGCCAAACAAUGUAUUCAACAUGUUUACAAUCACUUGAACAGGUUCCUCUACAGCAAACUUCUGUUGCUUUACAGUUUGUCUCGCUGAUGCAGGAUUUACCGAUGCAAGUUAAACCGUCCUUGCAGUUGCCACUACCGCAAGAUUGACCACUGGAAAAGUCGGAGUUACAAUUACAACGUUGUCCGAAGCAGUCGUUCCCUUUAAUGCAUUUUGAAUUACAACAUGCUUGGUUAGCGGAACAAUCGGAGUCGAAAGUGCAUCUUUGACCGAAGCAGCUACUUCUCCGUAAACAUUUCGACUGACAGCAUGCUUGAUUAGCGGAACAGUCAGAAUCCAUCGAACAGCUUCGGCUGGCGCAAUUACUCCCAAACACACAUCUGUUUCCACAACAUAUCAAUCUGUCUUUCUGAUUAGCGCAUUCGUUAUCCGUGCGGCAAAAAUGAUUGAAGCAACUUUCAAGACGACACACGCCAUCAAACCAAGACCCCGUUCCGCAGCAGACCCCACUACCGCAAUCAACGUCGUCGGAGCAUCCGCCGAUAAUCCUGACAAAAAUAAACAUAUAGUCAAAAAGUGCAAAAAGUGCAACGAUCUUCAUAGAAGAAACUAUGACUCUACGUUCUCUUAAUAUCACACCUUUCCGGCUCUAUUAAAUAUGAUUGCGGAAGUUUCUUUGUCUCAUCUGUAAUCAUGUAUACUGGGGAAGCUGUAUUCUUUCUGUGUUCAGGUGUUCAGUUUGUUGAUCUGAUGGUGGCCUCUGCAAUUGGUAGAGUGGAUUAUCCUGCCCAGUGAUGCUACUGGUGACUUCUGUGUCGUGCAGUUUGGGUGCAGUGAUAUUUGAUGUCUGAUCGCUAGACAUGAGUUGUCUUCUUUUCGCAUUUCGUUGUCGAUAGAGAAAGAAUAUCGCUAUGAUGAGAAGAAUGACUAGAAAUGCAGCUAUCGGCCCAACAAUGUAUCCAACAAGUCCAGAGUCUUUACAGCCAACAAUUGAACAGGUUCCUCGACAGCAAAUCUCUGUUGCUUGACAGUUUUUGUCGCUGAUGCAGGAUUUACCGAUGCAAGUUAAACCAUUAGUGCAGUUGGCACUACAACAAGAUUGUCCACUGGAACAGUCGGAGUUAAAAUCACAACUUUGUCGGAGACAGUUUUUCCCUGUGAUGCAUUUUGAAUUACAACAUGCUUGAUUAGCGGAACAAUCGGAGUCAAACGUGCAUCUUUGACCUAAACAACUGCUUCCCUUGAACACAUUUUGAAUGACAGCAAACUUGGUUAGCAGAACAAUCCGAGUCCAUCGAACAGCUUCGUCCGGUGCAGCUUUUCCCGGAAACACACACUGAGUUGCAACAUGCUUGAUUAGCGCGACAGUGGGAGUUAAGCACACAUCUUUCACCGAUGCAGCGGUUUUCUUGAACACAUUUCGAAUGACAACAUACUUGAUUAACAGAACAGUCAGAGUCCAAGGAACAACUUCUUCCCGCGCAGUUGCUUCCGAAAAUGCAUCUAUUUCCGCAACAAAUCAAUCUGUCUCUUUGAUUAGAACAGUCAUUAUCUUGGCGACAGAAACUACCAAAGCAACUUCUUAGUCGACAUUCUUCAUUCCCGCAACAAACCCACGGGAUUGAUCCGCAGCUACUGGAAGAGCAUUGGCACUUAACCUCUACGAAAAUAAACAAACAAUUGAUAAGCGCAAUGAGAGAGAGCUUCAUCACAAAUUGAGAGUAGCUAAAUCAAGGCGUGACUGCUAUAACAGACCCCUUCCUAUUUUAUAGUUAUUUUAUGCAUACUGAAUUUUGUUUGUCUUAUUUGGGUACCCAAUGAGACGGAAAAAUUGUUCAAAGAUCGAACAUGUUGGCCUUGUAUCAUUUAGUGCUUUUGAAGGCAACAUGCCGAGGUUCCUUUGAACAUCUUGUUAAACGUUGUUGAAUGCUAUUAAUCAAAGUUAGAUCAGGUUUAAAAGUGAUCAAACUUGUUUAAUAUAUAUCCAACAUUGUUUUUGACAUUUCUUGUAUGCGAUGGACCAUAUCGCAAUAUGUAAGUCACGUUUCAGCUCUCACAACAAUGUUGGACGCAAGUACGCUAUUGAGAAACAAUGGCCUCUGGAUUUUUCACAUUUUACUUGUUCUAUGUCGGUGAACAUUGAAAAAAGCUCCCUUCUCAGUAGACCUCUGUCGCAUUCCACCACACUGAGUACACGUUAUCGAAGGUUUGGUGGAGAAUUCCAUAUAAAUCAAUGUAUUUUGUCGAACCAAGCCUCGUUAAAUGAGCUAUUGGGCGAUUUUCCUAGUUCUCUUCUGCUGAAUAUAGCUCAUAUCGUGUGACUCAAACUACCACGAACUUGAAUAGAGGUGUCCCCUGAAUGGAGGUUGUCCUGGGGUUUGUUAAUAAUUAACAAACAAAGUUAAUAUUAUAUAAACUUUUUUAUUCUGUCUCAGAAUCUGCAGCAGACAUUAUUAAGCAGCAGGAUAAUGUAUAAGAAUAUUGAUAAUCAUGAUCUCUGUAAUAUUGUGUAUCGAAUUACUGCAAGUGCAGUACAUUGAUUUAAGGGAGAUAGUUCGUGUUGUGAAAAAUGACAUCAUUGUGACAAGUGUACACCCAAAGUUAUCAACCUUUUUUGUGGUCCGUCACGUUUUGAGUGGUAAGAUGUCCCCCAAAUGGAAGUUAAACAUGGGUCCUUUUCCCCUGAACAGAGGUGUGCCUUCAAUAGAGGUAGCGACACAACAUCACAUCACGUAUAAAUUGGAAGAUCAAUAUUCAUCAAUUUAAAAGUACACAUCACCAAGCUCCGUGGUAUGGCUAGCCUCCCCGCAGACGUCCUUUGGGGUUCGUUCGUCACGCAAAUGAAUGCGUGACGAACGAACCCCAAAGGACGUCUGCGGGGAGGCUAUGGUAAGGCUAUGCCAUGUCACCACAGCAGUAGAUAAGCAGAGGAUGACAUCGAAAGAGUCGCAGUGACAAUGUUGACUUGGGGGAUGGGUAGGUGGUCAGUUACCCAGAAACCUCAAUUGAUCUUGCGUCUGUAUAUUUUUGUUGCUGCAGGUUAUGUUGGUUCCAAGUCAUUCCUGGAGGAACUACUCCAAGUGGUGCAUGAGCUAAGAAAAGCAAAUCCCAAUCUGGUAUUUGGUAUGCAUCUAAUGUGUCUCUUGUUACUAUCCAGUGUCUGACUUGUACCCAGUCGCUCUUCUUGUUCACGCUUUGAUUGACGGGAAGGUUUUAGCAAACUCGCCUGCACAUGUGUACCUUUCCAUAUUUCAUUGCGAAUAGACAGAGGAAUAAAUAAGUAACGACCAGGUACAAGAAUGACAGUUAGUGUUCUUCUGAUUUAAAUUUGAAAAUGCUGGGUCGGCUUAUUCAUGGGAGGAAAUCUCUUGCGAUGUUUGGUGGUUAAAGUAAGUUUGUUCGGUCAAGAUGGCUGAUAUUGGCCAAGUUCUCCUUUGCGUUUCCAUGCACCGAGACGAAGUCGAAGUCAAUAAAAACGCCAAAAAAAGGAGUUCAAUAUCCAGCCAUCUUGACCAGUAAAGCUUCGUUAAAAAAGAAUUUAUUAUUUGGCCAGAAAGAGAACUUUUUCUUGUGGUACCAACGCGGAAAUCUCGAGCGGGCAAUAUAUGCUUAUCUUGCAAGCUUGGGUAGCUAAUCAGGACACAGGAUUCUCUUCAUCUUGCCCGUUCGCGGAUUCAGCCAUCAUUCGCUUCAGGCCUAGCCCGGCUUCAAAACAAAACGACAAAGGCACAAAGGAGCUGAGCUGACUCUUAGAACAAAAUUUGUGUUCUUUUGGGAUCAACAAUUUCAAAAAGAGACCGAAGUGUUAAUUUCCAAAAAAUGUGUGGUGCUGCUUAGUAAGCGAGUAAGCGGUGAAACGCAAAAAUUGAUUGGUUCUCAUCAAUAGCGUAGCUUUACCAUAUGAUAUACUGUUUAUAAUGCAACUCACAACUCCUUGAUUCACUCUGAUUAAAAUCUAGCACUCGAAACCUCUGUGUUUGAAUUUUAAUCAGUUGCAGAUUGACUGAAGCAUCUCACUUCGAAAGUUCUCAAUAGAGCACUUUUCAAGCGUUUACGGUUAAAACGCUAUAAUGGCUUGUGAAAUUAAUUCAUCGCGCCCAAAUAUGAUGCCUGCUGCUACGUUAACAGUCCUUUUCAGUUGUUUCCAGCGGGUCUGAGCAGGUUGAAAAAGCUGAUUAUCCAAUUCACGGAGACCCGACUUACUUCCUACAGAACAGAACGCGUUUAAGUCUGCCUUGAGUCCUUUAGCAUGUCCUCACCUACCUCUUCUUCGUCAGUGAUAUUUUCAUUUCAGUCCCUGUUUAUAAAAGUUCAUGUGCUUUGCUUGUGUCCAAAGUUGGGAAAAAGCUUUUAUAUUUUAAGGUGACUCGACCCAGUUUUUUGGGGGGAGUACCAUCCUAUUUUGAAGCUCUCUGGUAUCCCCACCUUUACUUUUAUCGUAAGUCUAACACAUAGAAUGGAUAACAUAUAAAUCAAUCUACAAUAUAACACAAAAUUUUGGGCGAUCGGAGUAAAUGUCACGUGGUUAUAAUGCCACGCCCCUUUGAGGUCUGAGUCGAAAUCUGCUGUUGCCGGCAUUUUUUUUGUGAAAAUCUCUCGGCCACACAUAAUGCGCAUUAGUGCCUUGCGCUGAACAGAGUUUCACCAAAAUCGCAAAGAGCCAAUUCAGAAAAACAAAAACUCAGCCAAAACGCUAAAAAUCUUCAAUGUUUAUUCAAGUUUGGGCUUAUAGAAGAUAAUGUCACAGUUUUUCAAUGACCAUGAAAUUCAGAAUCCGGGUAGUUAGUUAAUCAAUUGUGGCCCUGAAAAAAUUUGAAGGAAAAAAAACCACGAAUUUUUAAGAAAAUGCCUUUUUCGUGAGAAGGACUCUUAAACGAUGACAAACGUCAACAAAUAGCUAAAACUAUAAUUUCUAUAUGUUUGCUUUGCUCGAAAUCACGCGCAUUUACAAGGCCCUAAAGCGUUUUGCUGACUUGCAAGGACCCAUCUUUUAUAACGAUGCCCAAAAUACAGAGAUGAAUCUCAUAGUUUAUUAGAUAUAAUCCGUGUAAAGUUUGCUUAUCAUUUUCGCAUAAAUUAUGACCUAAAUUUGGAAACCGCUGAAUUUCUCGAAUUGGGUCUUCGCUAUUUUGGUGAAACUCUGUUCAGCGCAAGGCUCUAAUGCGCACUACGUGUAGCCGAGAGAUUUUUACGAAAAAAUGCCGGCAACAGCAGAUUUUCGACUCAGAUCUCAAAGGGACGGGGCAUUAUAACCACGUGACAUUUACACGGAUCGCCAAAAAUUUUAUGUUAUAUUGUAGAUUGAUCUAUAUGUUAUCCAUUCUAUGUGUAAGAUUCUAUGUGUUAGACUUACGAUAAAAGUAAAGGUUGGGAUACCAGAGAGCUUCAAAGUAGGAGGGUCCCCCCCCCCCCCCCCCAAAAAAAAAAAAAUACUGGGUCGAGUCACCUUAAAUAAAUGAAUUAUUACAUCAUAAAGUUAGUUAAGAUCCUUUCACGCCGAUCGGACUAGUGAACAUGUCGAUUAUCAACAGUGCGGAAACGAAAACAAAUAACGGAUGCAAUAAGAAAGAUGUUCACCAAACUGAGACUGUUUUCUAAGUGAUGACAAUGUUAUUUUUUGUUUGUUUUACUGAUUCUUGUUUUAAUUACUCCUUUUUCAAAGUAUGUGAUCCAGUAAUGGGAGAUGCGGGAAAAUUUGUAAGUCAUGUUAAGUUUCUUUGUUUACUAUUAUCAUCAUCAUCAUCAUCAUCAUUAGUAAUAUUAUUAUUAUCAUUAUUAUUAUUAAUAUUAUUAGUAUUAUUUUAUAAUUUUUUUCAUAUAGUUAUACAUAUCUUUAACUAAAUUGGUAGAGGCGCGUGUGGCCGAGCGGUUAACACCUCGAUUUCUUCACCCAGGCGCAUUACUAUAAAUGGCUACCGGGCGACGUACUGCUGGGGGUUGGGUAACCCUGCGAUGGACUAGCACCCCGUCCAGGGGGGAGUAGCAAUACUCCCAGGCAUACUUCAUGCUAAUGAAACCGGGAUAAGCUGCGGUCGUUUGGGCUUUUGGCUCGUGUGCACCUUUACCGUUACCUUAACUAGCCACUAAACGUUGUCAACAGUUACCGGCACCACAUAAACGACUUAUUGACAGAAUCAAGCAAAACAGUCAACAAUAGAAAGACUGGACAACCGACAACUUGACAAACAAUAAACGACCAUUACAUGUAAGCUGUGAAAAAUCACGGAUCGAAACGCAUCAACGACAUUUGUCUUCAUAGCUAAUAAGAUUACGGCUUAACUGACAGGCGACCAAUAACUUCGUGACUAAAUUGACCAAUCAGGUCAAUAACCAUAGUUUCAUACCUUCAACUGACGUGAUUCAACUCACUUUGACUCUAAAGAUGAUGACUACCACACAAGUUGUCAAAACGUCAGUCACAGUCAAUCACAGUCCUCACUCCUAUUCGGAACUACGUUCACCCGGACGAUCACAUUUCACGUACUUAUUACUUGUUACUGCUCAAGAAAGAGGUUUGUUUUUGUAUAGAAUAUUAAAUAAUUCUUUGAUUGGCUUAUUUACGUUUUGUAUCAGUAUGUUCCAGAAGAGCUGUUACCAGUCUACAGAGAUCAGAUCAUUCCACAGGCUGAUAUCAUCACACCAAAUCAGUUUGAAGCAGAGUGAGUAACACGCGUAUUUUUUCAUGUUAUAGUAAUUUACUGAAAUUUUUUCAUUAGCGUUGCCUAGCAUAAUUGGAACGGUUUUAUGAUGUAAUAAAUAUUUCUCGGUGUCUGGUUAUGAAACACACAUCCUCGUGUUUGAUGUAAUACUUGCGUACCGUUGCUGAUGAACUUCCGUGAGUUUAUUUCUUCCUCCGCGGUUCAAAUAUGAAACUCAUAUACUCAUCAUUUCGCUUGCGUACCACUGUUCCAUUUGUUUUGUUUUUUACGUCCGUCUAACUUUUUCGGUCUCUCAAGUUGUGGAGACAAGUAUGAAAAAGAACGCGGCAAUUAACAGGAGAAGACGGUAGGACGUGGGAGAAGAAACAAAGGGCCCCUUCUCCCUCCCCCAUGUUACUGAAUCUGACUAGUUUGUGACGGGUAACCUUUUCGUUUAUCUCCUAAUAUUUUAACAGGCUUCUAAGUGGCGUAAAGAUAACAAAUGAAAGUGAAGCGUUUAAGGUGAGUCUCUACUUUGUCUGUACCCUUUUCCACGUGUUACGAUUGUAGUGUUCUGCUGCUAUUGUAUGAAGCAAAGGCCCUUUCACACUAGAGACGGAUCAUCGGUCUUCAAAAUCCGUCAAAAUUGAGUCAGAUAAAGUAAAUAAAGAUAAAGUCAGACGGAUUUUUUUGUGGCGAACGGGUAGUCCUAAUAUUCCGUCUGCUUUCUUGGAGUUACUAGUCAGUUGUGUGCAAUUACUAAAUGUCUUCAAACUGUUGCUCUUUAAUCAUUGUGCUGUUCGAUGUAAAUAUGUGGAAGUAAUUAAUUAGCGAACUUUUGACUUACCAAGUGAAGUUGUACGCAGGACAACCAUUCACCAUUUUAACAUAGACCAUAAAGCACCUUGUUUACCCACCCCCCCCCCCCCCCAAAAAAAAAAAACAUUUUACAUAACCGCUGUCUUCGAUUUCUCUUGGUACGACUGUAAUACCCAGGAGAUAUUGGAAAAGGUAGUUAUGCAAAAUUUUGGGGGGUAAACAAGAUGCAUUAUAGUCUAUGUGAAAAUAUCGAAUAGCUAAUUUUACUCAAAAUCAGUCCGUUCUGCAGAGUACUUUUGGAAUAACGCUUUUUUUUCUUUGAAAAGGCAAUGAAGAUUUUACAUGAAAGAGGCUCGAAAACUGUAGUAAUAACCAGCUCAGAACUGGGUGACCACAAGACUCUGAUAGCGCUUGGUAGUACGGUGAAUGGUAUGUGGAUCACUGGCAGUGGAUACCUCUCUUCACUUGUCGCUCCUAUCUAACUAGGCAUCUUCUAAUGCUGCUAUUUUCAUUAUUUUUUUCUUAAUGUGCUCAUUGUGUACCCUCAAGAUCCCUGAAAACCACACCCUGUUCAGCGGCAAAUACCCAUAAGUUGGUAAGGCCAAAUAAGGGACUGCCUAUUAGUUCUUGUUUGAUUUUGGUAGCUUACCCUGACACUGCGACUACACAUUCAAGGCUUUGGAUACACUUCCUCUUUCCCUCCCUUUAAGGUUUUAUUUAUUUAUCUACGCCGCUAACUUUACAGAUUUCUUUGAAAUGACAUUGCUUAAUUUGCUUUCACUCCAAGGCGGUAAUAAGUGCGUCCGGAUGGAGAUUCCAAAAUUAGAAGCUACCUUCACGGGAACAGGAGACCUAUUUGCUAGCGUACUUCUCGCCUGGUUACACAGACAUCCCAAUGACCUGGCACUUGCUUGCGAAGCAACGGUAUCAACAGUGCAAGCAGUGCUAAAAAGGACUCUAGCUCAUGCACAACGUAAUAGCGUACUUCUCGCCUGGUUACACAGACAUCCCAAUGACCUGGCACUUGCUUGCGAAGCAACGGUAUCAACAGUGCAAGCAGUGCUAAAAAGGACUCUAGCUCAUGCACAACGUAAGUAGCAUCUAGUUCACGUGAUUCAUGUAAUAAUAUGUAAUUUGAUACAUUCAUAAAUUUUUCAAGCUUAGUGACCGACUUGAGUGAAAUCAAAAUUCAGCUGGUUUGAUCCGAACUGAGUUGACAAAGAAGAUUGGUUGCCAUAGAGAGAUAAACGAGCUAACGUUCCCCCCUUCGUCAGAGUUAAUCAUCUCGGCCGGUUGUGUGUGCUUUAUAUAUUAAAUACCCUGCGAGCAGGGUUUCUGUCUUGCAUGGCUUUUAGCAUUUACGAAGUCGUUCGCGUCUCUUGUCAGUCGCGUAGUUGGUUUGUUUACGCCUCAAGAGAAACGGGGGCUUAAAUAAACCAACCAUAAAGGCGAUUGACAAGCGACCCAAACGACUUCAUAAAUGCUUAAAGCCGUGCCAGAAAGAAACCGCUGCUCGCUGGGUUUAUAUCGAAUGGUGGAGCUACGCUAAUUAUGGGAGCAUGAUAGCAUAAAAAAGUUGAUUAACCUUGAAAGUUUAAAAGCUACGGGAAAAUGGGCGACACAAACGUGCAACUUAUUUCGAAACAUUAUUGCUAAACGAGUUGAAAAGUGAAGCGUCUUGUGAAGCAGAGACAACUAAAGAGUCAAUAAAGACGAAAACAGAAAGCGAAAAGUGUUUCUGUAUCCUCUUGUCUAAAGUAUUAAGUUUAGAUUAAUUGUCAUGUCCACAAAUUUGGAAAAUAGAGAAAGAGAAAGACAGAGAACAAGAGAAAGUAAGGCGACAGGCCAGCGAAGCUCAACGAGAAAAAGAGCCAGAGCGAGAUAGAAAAAACAAAGGAGACAUUUUUAGUUGGAGGAACAACGUGAAAUUUUGUAGCGGCGGUGAGAAAAUGAGAAAUGCUAGCGGCCACUUGGGUGAAAAUGAGCGACAGUAGAAAAAAAGAGAAUAAGAACACGGACGACAUUUCCUCCAUAAAACGUGUAACCAGGAAGCUUCUGGAAGUUUCACGUUGUAGUCGUGCAAAACAACGGCAAAGAAAUGUACAAAGAAAGUGUGCUGCACGUGCAAAGUUGAUCUUUUGCUAAUUAGACCUAUUUUUGUUUUGCACCGUUCUCGUUGCCUUCGCCGGUUAGCGUUACACGAUUUUACAUUUUGUUUGAGCAAACUAUAAAUAUUAUCGGGAGCUUCGCUUUUAGCCCUGGCUUAAUCUAGAUAUUAAUGAUUCCUUCAUUUACCCUCAUUAGUAACCGAAAACAAAAUUUAGCUAGCGGCCAGGGCCCAGUUGCUCGAAGCAUGGUUAGCGUUAACCAGCGUUAAAUACCUUGACAACGUAUUGGUUUUGAUACUGCUUAACCAAGGGUUAAAGCUAACCAUGCUUUGAGCAACUCAGCCCAGGGCGACAGUUGAACACAGUGCCUUCCGAUUCCAAAUCCAGGGUUCAAUAAGCCGCUCGGCUACUCUGCCUCCUUAACUUCUCUCACCUUGUUAUACACACUUAUAACUUUCACCAGAAGCGAAUCACUUUUGAAAGAAAAUUUUCUGUUUUUUCAGGAUUAGCAGGAGAAGGGAACAAGCCAACACCUGGACAAAUAGAGUUGCGUUUAAUUCAAAGCCUGGAUGAUAUUAGGAAUCCAAAUAUAGCAUUUAAAGCUCAUCUAGUAACAAAUUGA